AUGUCAACAAGAAUCUAUCGUUUAUGGCAACCUGGGAAUCCUAAGUUGCGAAUAUUUUUGCCGGAUUUCUGGAUGAAAGUAGUAGAUCCAUAUCCGGUCCGUAUACCAAAACAUGUCGUCAAGUUUGAAGUUGACAAAAGGAUGACAAAACACGACAUAAGAGAAUAUUUGGAGAAGAUAUAUUGCCUUCCAGUUCGGGAAGUUCGGACUUUGGUGAAAGCUGGUGAAGUUACUUAUGAUUUUCCGCUUGACAAAGAGAAAAGAAGAGCAUUGUGGAAAGAAGAUGAAAGAAAAUAUGCAUACGUCUUUAUGAAAAAAGGUUUCGAAUUUAAAUUUCCAAAUUUGUUCGAAAAAUGCGAGGAACAAGAAAUGUGGGAGAAAAUGAAGCAGAAAAUACCGGAUGUAACGAACGCAGACUAUAUAAAUCGUGAUCGUGAUGGCAUAGGAGAACUUCUUCCUUAA